AAAAAUAAUAAUAUUUCAAGAGCAAAAAAAAAAAGAAUGACUAGACAAAAAAGAGAUGAACUAUUUCAAGGUGUUAAUAAUAUUUUAAAGGUACAAGAAGAUUAUAGAAUUGAUUUAAAUAGAAAUUUUUAUGAUAUUUUUAGAGGUAAACAAACUAGUAUUAUCAAAUCUCCUCAUAAAAUUAAAUUUAAAACACCCUUACAAUCAAGCCAAAUAUAUUUACAGUAUAAAAUAAAUGAAGAUCACAAAAAUUGUUAUACAGAUGACAACAUAUUAUGUAAUACGUUUAAUUUAACAUGUUAUCGUAUAAAAAAUAAAUAUGUUGUAGAUAAGAAAAAAUAUAUAAAGAAUAAUCAAGGAGAUCACGACAACAAUGAAGGGGAUGUGUUUAAAAGGAAUGUACGAAAUGGUGUAUCCAGAAAUAAGGAUUUGAUUUGUAGACACACUAUUAAUAAUAAAGAUAAUGAUAUGGAUGUGUGUAGUAAUAAUAUGGAUGUGUGUAGUAAUAAUAUGGAUGUGUGUAGUAAUAAUAUGGAUGUGUGUAGUAAUAAUAUGGAUAUAUGUAGUAAUAAUAUGGAUGUGUGUAGUAAUAAUAUGUAUACAUGUAAUAAUAAUACACAUAUAUGUAAUAAUAACGUUGGUGAGACGAAUCCUUGUGUGAAGAAAGAAAAGUAUGAACACAAAACAGAAAGAGAAUUUAAAAAAAGAUCUCUUUUAAAUGAAGAAAGAAAUAACAUAAUAAGUGUGUCGAAUAUAAAGAAAACAUGUAAUAUAGUUAAAAAUAAUUUAAAGGAAUCUAACGGGAUGAAAACUAAUAUAAACACUAGUUCUUAUAAUUUAUAUGUAUUAAUAAAAGAGAAUGUUUUGAAAGAGGUAAAUAAUUUAUAUUUUUUUUUUAAGAAUGUAUACGUUCCAAACAAAGAUGUAAUAAUUUUAUAUGACGAUGAUUUCCAUAAUACUAAAUAUGUACGUAAAUUAUAUUUCGAUUUAAUAUAUAAGUUGAAGAUAAAAAAUGUAUCCAUAAUUGAAGGUGGUAUAGAUUCUUAUCAUAAACAUUUUAUUAAUUUAUUUGGUAAAGAUAAUUUAAAGAGAGAUAAUCGAAGUAAUAAUAUAAUAAUGGAUGUAACUAAAUUAAAAGAUUUACAUAAUGUAGAUUAUAUGAAUAAAUAUAAUAAUGAUGUGUAUACAUGUGAAAAGAAUAUAUUUGAAGAAAAUAAGAUAAGGAAAUCUUUUGAAGAGAAUAAAUAUCUGAUUCAUAAGUCUGAAGCAUGUUAUAUGUGUAAUAAUAAACAUUUUAAACAUAUGAAAAAGAAAAUAUUAGAUGAAUUUUUUUUUGAUAUAUACAAUGAUUAUAAUAUGUUUAUUGAUUGUUAUGAUUUUAUACAAGGUAAAAAGGGAUAUAUGAAUUUUUUAGCUUUUAGUGAUUUAAUAAAAAAAAAAAAAGACAAUGAAAAUUUAGAUAGAACAAAGCAGAAAGAAACAGCAAACGUACAGGUGGAAGGUAGUGCAUCUACAUUUUUCCCUCAAAUAUAUUCUCUUGUGAAUUAUUAUAUUAAAAGAAAAAAAAGUGAUAAAUAUGAUGAAUGUAAUAAUAAUGAAAUUCAUAAAAAAAGAGAUAUAUCGACAUCGGAAUUUUUUCAUGAUUCCGUUAAUUUUAGUAAGCAAGACAAAGGAGUAGAUAGAAGUAUGUUUAAUUAUAUAUCUAAACAAGAGGGAAAAAGUAAAUUUAUAAACACAUUUACAAAUGAAGAAAUGGAUGUGUGUAAUGAUUCCAAUAUAAAGAGAGAUUAUUUUAAUUUGAAUUUUUAUCUUGAUUAUUAUAAUAAAAAGAAGAAUGAAUUUUUAAAUGUGGGUAUAAAUGAUGAUGAAGAUAAGGAGGUGAACGAUAUGUCUCUUCAUAAUAAUAAUAAUAUCGAUAAUAAUAAUAUCCAUAAUAAUAAUAUCAAUAAUAAUAAUAAUAUCCAUAAUAAUAAUAAUAUCCAUAAUAAUAAUAUCCAUAAUCAUUCUAGUGAUGAAAUUAUUAAUGAUAAGAUUGAGCAUAUAUUUAUAGAAAAUAAUAAAGAAUGUUGUGUAAAUAAUAAUAAUAUAUCAAAUGCAUAUUUGUAUAAUAAUAAAUUAUAUAAAGAUAAUGAUGAAAUUUUAAAGAAUACAAAUAAUAAUGAUAUAUCAUGCUGUAAUAAAUUUUCUAUAUAUAGAAAUUUUUAUCCAGAUAAAAAAAAGAAAAUGCUAUCAAAUACAAGCUCAGAUAUAUAUAAUUUAUAUUCAUAUAUUGACAUAUUAUGUUAUAAUAAUUUGUUAUAUAAAAAUAAUAGUAAGAUAUAUAAAUGUUUUAUUAAUUACAUAUAUCAACCUUUAAUUCCACAUAAUAUAAGAUCCAAUAAUAUUAUAAAUAAUUUUUUAAAAUAUGUAAAAUUUUUUAAAACUCUUAAAAAAAAAGAAGAUAUAAAUUCAAUAAAUGAUCCUAACAUAUAUUUAAAUUGUAAUAAGUUAGAUUCAAAAUUAUUUUUUAAUGGUUUAUAUUAUUAUCCAUUUAAUAAGAAUAUGAACAAUAUGCCCUUUUCAAGUCCUUUCUUUACAUCGAAAGUUAAUAUAUCUCAAGAAAAAAAAAAAAAUAUGAUCAACACAUAUGGUGAUAACCAUGAUGAUCAAAAUAAAUUCAAUGAUUCGUUUGGAUCUAAUAUAGAAGGUCAGAAGUAUGAAGACAAAAAUGAUGUGAAUCCAUGUGAGGUAUCAUAUCAACAUAAUCCUUAUAGUAAUAAUUCUAAUCACAUAUAUGAUGAUAAUUAUAUUUAUGAAAAAAUAAAAAAUAACGAAUUAAAGAAUGAUAAUCCCUUUAAUGAAAUAUUAAAUAAUUCAAUUUUAAAUAAUACCUGGAUAAAGAAUAAACCAGAAUUAGGCUUAUGUAAAUUGAUGAUAUAUGAUCACUUUUUAAUUUUAUAUGGUACACCAUAUGUAUGCAACGUUCAUAUGAUAGGAAAACGGGCGAAAGCUCCUGAAGGGAAAAAUAAAGAAGAGAAAAAUGAUGAGGGAAAAAAUGAUGAGGAGAAAAAUGAUGAGGGAAAAAAUGACGAAGAAAAAAAUGAUGAGGAAAAAAAUGACGAAGAAAAAUAUGACGAAGAAAAAAAUGAUGAAGAAAAAAAAAAGUAUGAAAUAUAUAAACAUUAUAGUGACCAAUCAUUGAAUGAUAAUAAUUCAAAAUUUUGUGAGGAGGAGGUAUGCAAUAAUAAUCCUGUGGACCCAGGAACGGAAAAUUUUUUAAAAGAGAGAAAAGAAUAUGUCGAUAAGGAAAACGCACCAUUUAUAUGUUAUGAUGAUAAGUUUGAUAAAAUAAUAAUACAUAAAUAUAAAGAUCUUAAAAAAAAAGAUAUAUUAUUUAAUAUUGAAUGUUAUAAAUUAGAUGGGUUAUGUGUAAAUUGGAAUGAUAUGUCUGAAAAUAUAUUUCAUGGCAUAACAUUAGAACAUAUAAAUGAUACAUAUAAUUAUUAUAAAUCAUAUUUUAAUUUAUCCAAAAAUAAUUUAUCAUAUAAAAUUAAUACAAAUAAUAAUGAAAAAAAUAAUCAGAAUAAUUAUUAUUUCUAUGAAUCUUCAACCUCUUCAUGUAGUAGUAACACUUCUUGUUCCAAUAGUUCGGAUGAUGAUUUUGAUUUUUCUUUUUCUGAUUACCAUAGUUUAUAUAAAAAAAAGUUGAAAAAUAAGAAAAAAGAAGCUGACAAAAAAGAGGACAAAAAAGAGGACAAAAAAGAGGACAAAAAAGAGGACAAAAAAGAGGACAAAUUAUCUAAUCAAGAAUCUUAUAAAAAACAAAUUGAUGCAAUUAAUGUUUAUGGUAUUUUUGAUCUACGUACUAUUCAUAAAAUAACCACCAAACAUAAUUUUACAAAAACGUUAUAUUUUUAUUUUUCAACAAACAAG